AUGUCCACAGUUAUGGGGCUAAAGGUGGAGGGUCCUUGGUCCUUAUUGUGGAAUGUGGAUGUCCCUCUCAAGGUUAAGGAUUUUUUGUGGAGAUGUUUGCGUCGAUUCAUCCUUUGCAAAGGACGCUUAGCCGAGAGGGGUUUCCCUAUUGACUCAUUAUGUCCUCGUUGUGGAGGAGUUGAAAGCAUCGAAAGUAUCUUACUUAAAUGUCCUAUAAUGCUAGAUGCGUGGAGGGUUCUUGGACCUGUAGAGACUGCCUCGAAUGAUGUAUUUUUACGUUCUGUUCUCUCCAUGGCUGCAGAUGUCACCUCCUUCACUAUUGUUUCGGUGGCCGACCAUUUCUUGAAGGACGGGAAGGAAGCCCGCAACGUUUUAGCUGGGGUGCAACAGGCUACUGCUAGGACGAUUGUUCACGAUUGUUCACGACCAACACUAGAUUCAGCCAGCCAGAAACUUUAUAAAUGCAAGCGCAUGCUGAGCAAGAUGCUUUCUCUUUUGCGGCUGUUAUUCAGGAUCACGCAGGUGCUUUUAUCUAAGGUUCUUCAAGUUUAUGUCCCUUUAUUUUGGAGCCACGCAUAGCCGAGUUGCUGGGCAUUGAUGAGGUUCUUGGCUGGCUUAAGUCUGAAUAGUUUGACCAUUUUCUUAUUUAAUCAGAUUGUAAAUAUGUUAUUAUAGCUCUUACUUCAUCGACCAUGGAUUAUACUAUUGUUCAAGAUUGUAUGUCGUUGAAAUAGUCUGUUCGACAUUUGUCCUUUCAUUGGACUCGAUGAGCUACUAAUAAGGCAGUUCAUGAGUUUGUUCGGGUAACUUUAUUAUAUGCUAAUCAUCAAACGUGGCAUAAUCUUAUCCA